CUCGUGGCACUCGAACCAAACAUGGCGACGGCUUCGUACGAUGACAUGUUGUACGCGCGCCGUAUCCAGAGAGCUCAGGAACUGUUUUGUGCUGAUUGUCAAGCCACAGUCCCAGUUCUUUCCCAUGACGACAGGCGUUGCUCUGCUUGUGGGGCCGAUUUGCAGCCUCGUCCAGCGACGCAAUCCCUACCAAGCGACACAACCAACGGCAUUUCAUCCCUCAUGAACCGGCUGCUUGAAGUGUGGGGCAUUGACCCGACAAGUACAUCGACUCAACCAGCGUCCGAAGAAGCAGUGGCCAAAUUGAACACAUUUGCGGCGGGGCAAGCAACGACUGUCGAAGUUGCGUUGGUGGCCAGUGGCAUCAAAGGCGAGGUCAUCGUGGUUCCAGCCAACUUCGGCCCAUGUGAAUCCAUCGAGUCGUCCCCAGUGGUAAUAUCGUCGCCAUUCCAUGGCAAUGGGCCGCUGGCGAACGCGUCAACGAUGCAGGGCAAAAUUGUACUCUUUGAGCGCGGGGUGUGCACGUUUGCGAGCAAAAUUCAACGAGCUCAAGAUGCCGGGGCCAAGGCUGUCGUCGUCGUGCAAACGACGGACGUGUGGCCGUACGUCAUGACGGACUCGACUGGCGAGGGUAUAUCAUUAACCAUCCCUGCGUUCAUCAUCUCCAAGAAGCAAGGCCAAGGGUUGGUGCAAUACCUGCAUGACCAUCCCGACACGACCAUGUCCAUCGACGCACGGAAGGACGCACGCGAGUGCGUGAUCUGCCAAGUCGACGUCCAAGUUGGUGUGCAAGUGGUCCAAAUGCCGUGCCAAGUACUACAUCCACUCGAGAAUCGAAUCUGACCGACGUGACGUGGCGAUGUAGCACAUCUUCCACGCCAAUUGUAUCAAGCAAUGGCUGGACAUCCGCAACAGUUGCCCCAUCUGCCGCGUCGAAAUCGCAUCCAAACACCCGUCAGCCACUGCCAACAGCACAACACAAGCUCGCGGGAAUUUCUUGUGGAGCGACUGGAUGUCCUAACUGUACACUCCAUUGUGAAUCAAACACCUGCUUCCCCACGAUUUCGUCGUGUAUGCAGUGGCCGUCCUGAACAGCUCGUCGUCAACUGCAUCGGUGCCAUGGAUCGGCUUCAAAGUCAUGCACUGCUUUGUCCAUGACCCAAAAUAUGGACGGAAGCCCUCGAUUUGGUCCUUCAAGAGCAACGUGUAGUGCCAAAUUCGUUGGCGGAGGGUCCCUCCCCUCUGGCGUCCGAAAUAGUUGCAGACGGCGACGUCGAAGGACCAUUCAUUCCAUUUGCAUUUGCUAAUGCUAGACGAGCU